CGGCCCUUGUGGAUUUGUUCAUUUGAUGCAUCACGCUAUUGUGAUUUCUGUGUGUAAGGUAUUGGGUUUAACACUCCUUCAGUAGGUAGAGUAGCUCUGUUGGGGUGUGUGGAGUGACCUCCCUGUAGGUGACCUCCCUGUAGGUGACCUUCCUGUAGGUGACCUCCCUGUAGGUGACCUUCCUGUAGGUGACCUCCCUGCAGGUGACCUUCCUGUAGGUGACCUCCCUGUAGGUGACCUUCCUGCAGGUGACGUGGGGUUCGGCACUCAUCCCGCUACCUCGUCAGGCCAGAUGUCCAGAUUCAUCAGACUGUUACUGCUUCGCAUCUUGCUGACGUGGAGCGAGGACCACUCUGCAGCGCUGCCAGUGUUCCCAAGUCUCCUGCCGACGACAACAACGACGCCGACGACGAGGACGACGACGACGCCGCUGGGAUCAACAGAGAAAUUCACAGCGAUUCAACCACUCGCUACGCUCUUCACCCAGCAGAACAACACUGAUCUUAGAUCCCAAGUGGGCACUACAGCUGUACUACACUGUCUUGCCCACCAUGUAGGUGAAAACACGGUGUCGUGGAUCAGAAGGCGUGACUACCACUUACUCACAGUGGGCACUCAGCUCUACAGCAGUGACGACAGGUUUCAGGUCCGCUUCGUUAAACAGGAGAAUGACUGGCAGCUCCACAUACGCUAUGUUCAGGUCCGCGACGAUGGAGUCUACGAAUGCCAGGUGUCCUCACAUCCUCCUGUCAGCCUUUUCUCUUCCCUUCACGUCUUGGAGGCGACGGCGGAAAUAUUGGGGGGACCUGAGAAAUAUAUGACGGUGGGAAGUUCCCUGAGACUUGUGUGUGUGCUUAGGGACCACACCCAGCCUCCCAGCUACGUCUUCUGGUACCACGACGACCGCAUGAUCAACUACCAUGUUACCAGGGAGGUCCGCGUGGAGACCAGCGGGGGGCUGAGUGUGUUGUUUCUAGACAAUGUGAGACCGACAGACUCCGGCAACUACACCUGCUCCCCGUCUAACACCCGUCCAGCGUUCAUCUCCAUACACGUCUUAAAGGGAGGCGAGACUCCUGCGGCCAUUCACUCGUCAGCAAACACGAGCUUCCCAUCCCUGCUGGUUCUGCUGCUCCUGCUGGGGCUGCUCAGCCCGGGCCUCAGCCCGGGAGCUCUUCCAGGACCUAGUCUGCACGGUCCUCGGCCUGGGUGCUCUUCCUGGAGCUGGUUUACGAAGUCCUCCGUGCUGAGCCUCUUCGUGGGGCCGGUCAACGCGGCCGGCAGAUCGCUAUACAACAGCUGCCACGACAAGUGACCGAGGUCUCGCUGUGACCGAAGGGAGGCGGGACGAGAUCGGAGGUGGUGAGAUCGACUCUGGACAGUCUCGUCUCCAGCUGGAACUCUGGUAGAGGGAAACUGUGUCGCCUCCAGCAGAAGUUCUCAAGUUAUAUGGCGAGCUUAGCUGCAUACAGCCUCAAUAUUACUCCAAAAGUUGUGAAUUUACCUGCGUGGCUCGCCAUGGAGGAAUAUGAAGCGUACAACAGUUGAUCUUGUAGUGUACGAUGGCCACUAUGGCGGCAUACACUCAUACCGUACACAAAAUGGUUCGCCUAUGGAUUUAUGUACUGUCUUAGGGGGUUCACGAAGCCAGGUUCUGUCUUAGGGGAACAUGAAGCCAGGUACUAACUUAAGGGUACAUGAAACCAGGUACAGUCUUAGGGGUACACGAAGCCAGGUACUGUCUUAGGGGAACAUGAAGCCAGGUACUGUCUUUAGUGUAAACAAAGCCAAAUAUGCUGCCUUUGGUACACACACACAGUCAGGUAUACUGUUUAUGAUGUACACAGAGCCUGGCAUUCUGUCUUUGAAUGAUACAAAACCAGGUACACUGGUGUAUCCUGGCAAGUACACCAGAGGGUCACAAGUAUACCAGAGCCUCAAAACUUCACCAGAAGGUCACAAAGUAAACCAGAGAGCCACAAGUAAACCAGAGGGUCACGAGUUAACUAGUCUCAAGUAAACUAGAGGGUCAUAAAAUAUACCAGAGGGCCACAAAGUAAACCAGAGGGUCACAAGGUAAACCAGAGGGUCACAAGGUAAACCAGAGAGUCAUAAAGUAAACCAGAGGGUCACAAUGUAAACCAUAGAAUCACAAAAUAAACCAGAGGGUCACAAUGUAAACCAUAGAAUCACAAAAUAAACUAGAGGGUCACAAGGUAAACCAGAGGGCCACAAAGUAAACCAGAGGGCCAUAAAGUAAACCAGAUGAUCACAAGGUAAAUCAGAUGGUCACAAAGUAAACCAGAUGGUCACAAGGUAAACCAGAUGGUCACAAAGUAAACCAGAUCAUCACAUGGUCUCCAGAGAAAGUUACUCUCAAAUAUAUGUAACAUAACUACCAGUAUGUAAACAGUUGCUCAAGUGAAACAAAAAAUAAAAUAAUAAAUGUAUAAAUAAAAAUUAAAAAAUG